GCCCGGCCUCCCGCCCCGUGCUGCCGCCUCCAUGGGGCUCCUGUCCAAGCCCGACGCGCGCCAGGGUAGCGCCGCCUCUGAGGGCCGAGCCGGCUGCAAACCCCGCUCUAUCUUCAGCAACAUUAAGGUGUUCGUGCUGUGCCAUGGCCUCCUGCAGCUCUGCCAGCUCCUGUAUAGUGCCUACUUCAAGAGCAGCCUCACCACCAUCGAGAAGCGGUUUGGCCUCUCCAGUUCUUCCUCAGGUCUCAUCUCCAGCUUGAAUGAGAUCAGCAACGCCAUCCUCAUCAUCUUCGUCAGCUACUUUGGCAGCCGGGUGCACCGUCCAAAGCUGAUUGGCAUUGGGGGUCUUCUGCUAGCUUUGGGGGCCUUUGUCCUCACCCUCCCACACUUCCUUUCAGAGCCUUACCAAUACACCAAGACCAUCAUGGGGAACAGCAGCCACCCCCAGACCGAGCUCUGUCAGAAACCCUCGCAGGGCCUAACCCCCAGCAAGUGCCACGGCAGCCCCCAGGACUCUCGGAAGGAGACCAGUAGCAUGUGGGGCCUGAUGGUGAUGGCCCAGCUACUGGCAGGCAUCGGCACGGUACCCAUCCAGCCAUUUGGGAUCUCUUAUGUGGACGACUUCUCGGAGCCCAACAACUCGCCCCUGUACAUCUCCAUCCUAUUUGCCAUCGCUGUGUUUGGACCAGCUUUCGGGUACCUGCUGGGCUCGGUCAUGCUGCAGAUCUUUGUAGACUACGGCAGGGUGGACACAGCUUCUGUUAACUUGAGCCCUGGAGACCCCCGAUGGAUAGGAGCCUGGUGGCUGGGCCUGCUCAUUUCCUCAGCCUGCUUGGUUGUCACCUCUUGCCCCUUCUUUUUCUUUCCUCGAGCGAUACCCACAGGAAUAGAGAGGACUCAUUCUGUGAUGGAUGAAGCAAGGAAGAUGGAAGAGGCCAAGUCAAGAAGCUCCCUGGUGGAUUUCAUUAAAAGGUUCCCCCGCAUCUUCCUGAAGCUCCUGAUGAACCCACUCUUCAUGCUGGUGGUCCUGGCCCAGUGUACCUUCUCCUCCGUCAUCGCCGGCCUCUCUACCUUCCUCAACAAGUUCCUGGAGAAGCAGUACGGCGCCUCCGCGGCCUAUGCCAACUUCCUCAUCGGUGCUGUGAACCUCCCUGCUGCGGCUUUGGGGAUGCUGCUUGGAGGGAUCCUCAUGAAGCGCUGUGUUUUCUCUCUGCAAACCAUUCCCCGUGUGGCUGCCACCAUCAUCAUCAUCUCCAUGAUCCUCUGUGCCCCUCUGUUCUUCAUGGGCUGCUCCACCCCACUCGUGGCAGAGGUCAACUUCCCCAGCACAUCAAGUUCUAUACGUCCACAACCUCUCUCCUGCCGCCGGGACUGCUCGUGCCCAGAUUCUGUCUUCCACCCGGUCUGUGGAGACGAUGGGGUUGAAUACCUCUCCCCUUGCCACGCUGGCUGCAGAGAAGUCAACGUCAGCUCUAUAGCUCUCAAGCAACCGAUCUACUUGAACUGCAACUGCAUCAACGGGGGAUCUGCUUCAGUGAAGACAGGCCCGUGUCCCAUCUCCUGCGCCCACUUCCUGCUCCCGACCACCUUCCUCAUCUCCUUCGUGGCGCUCAUAGCCUGCAUCUCACACAACCCGCUCUACAUGAUGGUGCUGCGUGUGGUGAACCAGGAGGAAAAGUCCUUCGCCAUCGGAGUACAGUUCUUGCUGAUGCGUCUGCUGGCCUGGCUGCCGUCUCCAGCCCUCUACGGCCUCACCAUCGACUACUCCUGCAUCCUGUGGAGCUCGAAGUGCUCGGGGAGGCGAGGGGCCUGUGCCUACUAUGACAACGACGCUCUCCGGAACAGGUAUCUGGGCCUGCAGGUGGCCUACAAGGCUCUGGGCGCCGCGCUGCUUAUCUUCAUCAGCUGGCGGGUGAAGAAGAACAAGGAGUACAAUGUGCAGGAGAAGGCUGCCAGCCUCAUCUGACCCUCGGCCUCAGCUGCUGCCCUGCUCCUGAGAGGGACCUGCCCCCACACCUGGCCAUAUUUACUAACGUGAACACGCCGCCUCCUUUCUGUUUCGUAAAUGAGAAAGAAAACCCCGUCACCGUUUGCCUUCCCUGUCCCCUCCUCCCAGAGCCCACCCAGGGUGCCCAUGGGCCCGGUGGGCAUGGAGCUGGAGGGCUGGGUCUCUCCUGGCCCCUUGGGCGAGGCCCCCCCCAGGCCCAGUCUCAUCCUGUGCGAUGGGGAUGCUCACUGAGGCAGCCCCGCCGACCCCUCACCAGCUCUGUGGUUUCUCUGUGGGGAGACUCUGGGUAUCUGCCCAGAGGCGGGAGGGAGGGGGCUGAGUUAUUACUGACCAGAGCCAGGCUAGGGGAGGGGGCGGCUGGCUGCAGUCCCUUUUGUAUCUGGGUUCAGCCCCAGUACAGAGCCCAGGAAGGGCUGACUUGCUUCCACUCCGAUCCUUGCUUCCUGCCCAAGAGGCUGCUUUGGAAGCUCUCACGUCGGGAAGUAUGGCCAGUUGGUCCUCUCAGUUACCCACACUCAGGACCAGAGCUCGGACUAACACCUGAAGACAGGCCAUCCAAAUGGUGUUCACGUUAACUGUAGACUCUUCUGUACCCGGGUCUGUGUAGGUUUAUCUCCGUCUUUCCAGGAGUAUCUCUCACAUUAAGAAAGUCACACGGUGCUGCAGACCUGUGGCUGGUUAUGGAUGGCCAUGACACCCAGCCCCCACCCCACAGUGGGGAGACAGGACGCCUCAUCUCAGAGUGAUGGGAAGACCACCUCCCCUAAGCUGACUCGGGUGCAGACGCGGUGGCUUCACAUGGAUUUCCCCAUCUGGACUCUAGCCUGUGGGUCAUGGAGUAAAGAGAGGCUGUCAGGGAUGUCAGCAGUCAGGUUAUGAAGUCCAGCAAAUGUCAAAAGCCGUCAAGCUGUCUGGCCUCCGGUAGCCCAUAGAGUAGAGGCCCAAGAGGUGGACUUCCCUGGCUUUGAACAUGCUUGUGCUUAUUAGCAUUUUCUCAGCCUCUUCUCACUGCCUCCAGAGAGGUGCGUGCCUUCCCCGGGCUUGGGCUGAGAGGUGCUGCUGCCCUGGGUGGAGGUUCAGAGUCAGAAGCCAACAAAGGACUCCUUUCAUCCACAAAUAUUUAUUGGAGACCAACUUUGUGCAAGGCAGCACUGGGGCAUGGUUCUCCCUGGAGCUUCCCUGCCCUCCAUCUACACUAAGGCCUCCUCCCAGAGCAGGCUCCCUGGGCAGGGUGGGGGACACACAGCAAGAACCUGGAGAUUAUCAACAGAACCUUGGCUGUCCACGCCCCACCAUACUGAGUCUGCUCCUGGGCUUUACCACAUGGGGAGCUGACUUACCAUGUCCUCUGGAGCUGCUGGACGUCGGUCGUGGUCACAUGCAGAUCUCUUGAGUGCCACUGCUCUUAGAAGACCCUUCCAGAAGCCACCUCUGGAAAGGCCUCGUAUGACGGAAUGUCAGUGGCCACAGUGCCAUGGCCUGAAUGAAGUCUUUAUGAAAGUCACUGUCACAGACAGCCUGAUUCCAAAGCCACCAGCUCUUUUCCACAGAUCUCACUCAGGAAGGGAAGCUCCAUGCAACCUCCGAAGCCAGUUUCAGCCCUUUCAGUGGUCAUGCUUGGAAAAUGAUUCUCUGCAACUAACCCUGGUUCUUCUCUCUGCAAUUUAACCAAAUUCUGAAGGCACUGCCUUUCGCUGAGCUCAUGAACAAUGAAUGCCAGCCUUCAGAUUCUAGAAGAUGGUUGCUAUUCCAAGCCUUUUUUUCUAUUUUGAUAUUUCUAUUAAUAUAAUGUAACUUGGUCAUGAA